AUGGCAGUUUUUAACAGUUUUAAAGACCCGUGUGACAAUAUUAGAACGGGUAGUAUUUUAGAAUAUUACAACACCGUUGGGGAAUAUGUUAAGUCUACAAUACCACAGUUUGGCAGCAACAAUCAUAAUUCUCAGAAUCCAUUAGUUGUGAUUAAAGAUAAUAAUGUUAAUUUGUGGCCGAAGCAGGUGGUCGCUAAUAGUUCGACAUCUCAAUAUGCUUGCUCGUUUAAGGAAAAUAAGAUACAAUAUGUACAAAAUCAUGUAUCAAAUAAGAAUUUUCAGAAUACAAAUAAUAUGUUACAUAAUAUGUCUUAUGUCCAACCAACUAUCUGUAAAGUCGACAUGAGGAAUCAACAUUACUAUAAUUCAAACAAAAGUAACUCUUUGAAAGUCAACAUGAAAAAGAAGAGAAAGCGCACUAUAUUCACAACAGAGCAAAUUAUUGCUCUGGAAGCAAUAUUUCAAAGGAAGCCAUAUAUAAAUCGUGACGAAAGAUUAAUGUUAAUGAAAAAAUUGCAAGUCAGUGAGAAAUCUAUAAAGGUUUGGUUCCAAAAUCGUCGACGUUUGACUGAUAAGAAAGACAAAGAUUACGAAUCUGAUUCCCCUUCAUCAGAAGAUUCAUCUGAGAUGACAGGUGAUAAACUUACAUAUAUCGAAUCAGAAAUCAAUAAGAAUACGGAUGAGAACGGAUACGUCACUUUAAAUGACAGAGUGAUGAGUGAUUUAGUGAAUGCCAUAAAUGAUUAUCUGUCUCAAGAUGUAUCAUGGAGUCAACCCUUGUGUUAUGAUAAUAAAACAACAGUUGUGAAUGACAGUGUUCAUGGAAAUAUAGUUAUGUACGAACCAAUAUCACCAGUGAGCUUAACAGAUAUCUUAGAUGAUUUCGUUUAA